CCAAGUAUUUUGUCUGUUGCUCUAAAGCGGAAAGGUGGAAUAAACAAGUUGGGAGCAAGUUUUGUCAUAUGUCAAGUUCUCUAUUGAGGUCUCUUUUAUUCUCCCACAUGCCCAGACAACCAAGCAAGAUCUCACAAGGAUAACACAAAUCUUCUUCUUUACAGGAAUUAGGAAAACAAGGGAUGUGAUGACGUCUAUGGGUGAUAAAGGCUCUAUCCAGACACAGACUAAGAUCCUGUCCCAGGACUCAUGGACGCAGGUCAGCUGUCCCUGCUGUGUGUCUAAGCAUGUGGAGCCCCUGGUCCUCAUCCAGCUGUCAGACAGCGUCCAGCCUGUCACCAAGAGGUGGCUCAUCUCCCUGAUUGAAGCUUCAAAGAGACAUGGAGGAGCAGCAUUGCUGACCCACCCUGGAGAGGAUGAGUGUGGAAAUGUGAUCGUGGUGUCUGCUCCUCGCUGCACCCUUCUCAGAGCCACGGAGGAUCUGGGUCUGUGUAAGAAAUACCGCAACGAAGAGAUGGCUUCUUUCUCCUACCAUGACAGAUACAACUUCACCAAUGUUGAUGACAUGCAGGAGUUCCUGACGCUAGCGGAGCGUCAGUACAUAGUCAAGAAUGAGCUGGACUCUCUACAGGCCCAGAAAAAGCAGAGAAUCCCUGGAGCCCCAGAGGCUCCGGGGGUCCUGGAGGCCUGGGAAAACAUCUGUCAGAAGCUGGUGAGGGCAGGAGUGAUAAAGGACAUCUUCCCUCUACAUGACCAGCAGAGACUGAAUGACCUCGGCAGAAGGUGGUACUCUAAGAAGCAGAUAUGGAGACAGCCUCUCGAUGCAAUCCAGUCAUACUUUGGAGGCACCAUGGCGUUUUACUUCAGCUUUCUGCAAUUCUACACCUGGGCCCUGGUUCCCCCUGCCUUCCUGGGCCUUGUCCUGACCUUUCUGCUGCCUGGAGGUGGUGGGGUGGUGAAGGAGCAGGCCGGGGAGGGGGUGAUGGAGGAGGAAGAUUAUGGCCUCUCAGUCAGCGGUCACAUGGUACAGGCUGUAUUCAGCAUGCUGUGGUCCACGGUGUUCAUCGAGUUCUGGAAGUGCCGGAGCUCCUCCCUCUCCCAUCGCUGGGGCACACGGCACCUGACCGAGCGUUUCGCUGAGCCCCGCCCUGGCUUCCACGGCACCCUGGGGAUCAACCCUGUGACAGGCCGUCUGGAGCCCCUGUUCCCGGAGUGGCAGAGGCAGCUGCGUGUGGGCCUGGUGUCGUUGCCCCUAGUGGGGCUGUUCCUGGGACUGGUGGUGCUGGGAAUGACUUGCUUCUACCACGGAGAGGCCCUGGUACAGGGCUUCCAUCAGGACAGCGGCUCCCUGUUCUCUGGAGUUCUGCUCUACAUGCCCUCCAUAGCCCACACAGUCUACACCACAAUAUUAAAGAAUGUGUACCACGCUGUGGCCAUGCAACUUACCAAGUGGGAAAACCACAGAGAGGAGUCCUCCUUCCAGAACCAUCAUAUCACCAAAGUCCUCCUGUUUACUUUCUUCAACAACUUUGCUGUGCUCUUCCACAUUGCCUUUUACAAACAGGACCUACCACUGCUACGCAAGAAGCUUGCCUCUCUGCUAAUUCUGAACCAGCUGGUGAACCAGUGUACAGAGGUGGUAGUGCCGUUUAUAGUCGACCACUUCCUUAGUGCUCCCCAUAAGAAACAGCAGGAGGACGACCUAGAGAUGGACAAACUCAGAGCCCAGAGAAGACUUCCCCCUUUUCCAGGCCUGUUUGCGGAGUACAUUGAGUUGCUGGUGAAGUUUGGGUAUUUGAGUCUGUUCUCCUGUGUGUACCCGCUCACCGCCGUCCUCUUGCUUCUCAACAAUGUCACAGAGAUCCCAGGAGAUGCCUACAAGAUCUGCAAACUGUUCCGGAAGCCAUUCUCUGCUCCUGUGUCCAAUAUGGGGGUGUGGCAGACAGCGUUUGAGGUUCUGGGCUUUGUCUCAGUCAUGUCUAACUGCUGGCUGCUACUGCUGUCCCCUCGCGUCCAGGAGUUCUGUCUGGAGGGAGGGAUCAGCGGCAAGAACAUCAUACUGGGAGCCAUCCUGGUGGAGCAUGUCCUGAUCCUGGUCAAGAUGCUUCUAGCCUUUAUGAUCCCAGAAGAGCCUGACUGGGUCAGAAUCAAGAGGGAGCAGAUCGAGUUUAACUCUAUGCAAGCUCUAGGGCAGCAGAAGCUAUGAAGCCCCUGUGGGAGAGUGUGUGUCCUGUUGCUCUUCAAGUGGUGGUCUGGACUAGGGGGCUCGUUAGAAUUAGCUGCCAUAACGAGGGCGGACAGGAGCAUAUAAAGACACGUCUGUUUGGCCUGUGAACCUGGAGUCAGCCAGUCUGAGAAGCUCUCUCAGUAUCUCCAUCUGAAGGACUCCCUCUCCAGGCAUAAAUACAUUCCAGAAAGGAAACACCAGGUAUUCGUUUAACCAUUUAUUAGAGAAUAUGAACAGUACAAUAGGUCUUGGCGAUAGGUUCCGCUCCUUCAGGGUAGCUCACUGUCAGAGCAAAGUGUCAACAUAUAAUAACUACAGGUAUACCAAUCCACCUGCAGGAAGGAAAACAGAACCAAACAGGUGGAGGUUGGGGUGGUGGAGGUUUUGGUGGUGGUGGGCAGCAAGAAAAACAAAUGCAUACUAGCAGCAGCAGCAAACGGCAGAGGAUGUGUGAGCAGAACCUGGUCAGCUUAAAUAGACCGCCAUAUUAAGGUAGGAAGUGUUGUUAGCAUCUGGUUGGUGCAGUCUCAGCUGAUGCAGAAACUCCGGUUUUCCUUCUGAACCUGCUUUGCUUUAUAAGUCUCAUGUCAUGGAAGAUACAAGAGGCGGGGGUCUGGGACUGAAGGCAAACCAAAUGAAGAGCUAGGAGCGUUGUUAAUUGUGUUAAUGCAGUAUUGCAUCUUCAGCUUAAGGUGUCUGAGAUUUCUAAAAUACUGGGUAGCUUUGGACUUUGUGUGGCACAUACUAUGCAAGUAUCUAAUUUGCUCUAAUCACACAAGUGCGGUAUCAUUAAAAAAUGUAUUCUCCACAGUGAUUUAUGUACUUUCACCUCAUGAGUGUUACAUUGUACGCUUCAGACACAUUAUAAACCUAAGAUCACAUGAUACAUUUUACUGGAAUAUUUUACAAUGUUAAAACAAUGAUUAAUGAUGAUCUUCAUGUUGGAAUAUAUAUUAUAUUCAUAUUGUAGCAGGCUCAAGGUUGUGGGGUUUCCACGUCAACCAGUUCAAUAACAAAACACAAACCAGUAGCACAACUAGAAUGCAAAUGGGGAGUUUAUUAGGGAUUUUUGUACACUGGGGAAAGGGGGAGGGGGUUCACAAAUUAUUUCACAGUCCACAAACUGGUCUCGUUGUCCGUUCCAUUCUCCAGGGGUAAACCUAAAACUCAGGUCCUCAGCCAAUCCAGUUCAGUACACAAGGGGGGUAAUCAGACAAUCCAGAUCACAACAGGUAAUCACACAGCUAGUGCUCUUUCUUCUCCCUGUGCUCUUUCUUCUCCCCUCUCUGCCCCUGUGUGCCGGACUCCCUGGCUUAAUGAACCACAGCCUUGCCUUGUUGGGACAGGCAGUCCAUAUAAGGCUCAGGGGUGGAGCCAACUGUAAGAUAUCUCCCCUCAAUAACCACUCCCCUCACAUCUCCCUGCCGUCUACCACAAUAUGUACACUGCCGUUUAAAACUUUGGGGUCACUUUGAAAGAAAAGUAUGCUUUUUUGACCAUUAAAAGACAACACAGGAGUGGCUUUGUGAUAAGUCUCUGAAUGUCCUUGAGUGGCCCAACCAGAGCGCGGUCUUGAACCCGAUCUAACAUCUCUGGAGAGACCUGGAAAUAGCUGUGCAGAGACGCUCCCCAUCCAACCUGACAGAGCUUGAGAGGAUCUGCAGAGAAGAAUGGUGUGCCAAGCUUGUUGCGUCAUACCUAAGAAGACUCGAGGCUGUAAUCGUUGCCAAAGGCGCUUCACAAAGUACUGAGUAAAGGUUCUGAAUACUUAUGUAAAUGGACACGUUCUCAAAGCAUGCACUGACUAGCAGGCAACUGUCCUCACAUUUUCAAUCUCCUUGUCCCAGUCUGUAAUCCCAACAUGUUUCAAGAUGACAACCGUUGUCCCUAUUACCAACAGCUUCAAGGUAACCUGCCUAAAUGACUAUCACCCUGUAGCGCUCACAUCUGUAAUUAUGAAGUGCUUUGGCUGUGCUUAUUACCCUCCUCUACUCCUUGUUCACCCACGACUCCAACGCCAUCAUCAAAUCUUGCUGACGACAUGACAGUGGUAGGCCUAAUCUUCGACGACGAUGAGUCAGCCUACAAGAUGGAGGUCAAAGACCUAGCAGUGUGGUACCAGGACAACAACCUCUCCAUCAGCAGGGAGGAGUUUCUGGAAGAGUCUUUCUUCAAGUAAUGGUACAGGAAGAAGUCCUCAGCAUUCAAGAAGGCCAUGAUCUUUAUGCAGGACAAUAUGCUCCAUCACAUGCAUCCAAGUACUCCCCUGCUUGGCUUGCCAGCAAAGGCCUGAAAGAUGCCCGAAUAAUGACUUGGCCCCCUUCCUCACCUGACUUAAAUCCUAUUGAGAACUUGUGGGCCUUUCUCAAAGGUGAGAUUUACAGUGAGGGAAUACAAUACACCUCUUUGAACAGCAUUUGGGAGGCUGUUCAAAGCGAAAGUUGAUUGUGAACAGAUCAACAAACUGACAGUCUCUCUCCAUGGAUGGAAGGUUCAUGGUAGUUAUGGCAAGAAAGGUGGCUAAAUUGGUCACUGAAUAUUUUUGAAAGGUCAAAACUGUUAGUCAUUUUGUGUUACUUAUUUGUUACACUUACGCUAACCAUUGAGAAUAAACAAAUGAGUCGGGAGAAAUUAUUUAGUUGCCUAAUUAUUCUGGACACUAAUAGUUGCAUAAUAAUUGUGCACACAUAUAUUCCUCUGAGAAAGAUAAAACUCACUUUUCCUUUGUUAAACAUUCAGGUUUGAGGUUCAAUAACAUUUUGGCUUCACUGACAUUGUGUUUGUUCAACAAUAAAAUGAAUCCUGAGGAAUACAAUUUGCCUAAUAAUUGUGCACAUAGUGUAUAGCUCCAUUCUUGUGUAUUUGAUUCCUCUUUUAUUACUAUUUUACAGUAAUGUCUACACCAGUUGUAUUUGGUGCAUGUGACAUAUCUUUUGAUUUUUUUUGAUGGAAUAACCUACACAUAUAGCAUACCUUGCAAAAAAAACCUUUUAAAAACAGUUGUACAUUGUGCUCUGCAAUAAUUUGUAAACCAGAUGAGUUCUCAAAUAGCAGCUGCCCAAUACUAUGGUGGGCAUGCAUAAUGCUCAUGUUUUUGUAUUGAGUACAGAGACAAAUAGCAAAAAGGUGUCUCAGGUAGUAUUUCAUAAUAUUAAUAAAUUACACUUUUAUAGUGCUUUUCCUUACAGACAAAAUCUCUAAGUGCUUGUUUCGCUAAAUAAACAACAAGUAAUUUUAAAAUAAUUAUAGGUUACAAUAGUAGCUAGAUCAUCUCAAUAAACUCUGCUUCUUGAAACCUCCAGCAGAUGGGCAGCCAUGGUCAUGAGUGUCACAGGUUCCGUUUAUUUGAUUGUUGUUCCCUUGGGUUACUGCUGGAGGGCACCCUUGCCUUGUGUUGUAGUUUACAUGUUACCCUAAUUAUUACUUAUUGGUUUCACCUGGUUUUGAUUACCUUCUGUUCACCUGGUUGCCUUGCUAUUUAGGUUCCUCUGUUGCUUGUAUCUGUGCUUAGGUCUUGUGUUUUGUUUUGUGCUGUUGCCUUGUUUUUGUCAAGAUUUUAAGUAAAGAGCUGAAUUUACCUUUA